AUGAAGUCUUGCUCUCCCACUCAGCAAAGCUUUCUCUCCCUUCCUUUCAAUGUGGAGAUGGUCCGACGAUGCUUAUUCAAGAUGCCUCUCAACAAGACGCCAGGACCAGAUGGCUUUCCUGCGGAAUUUUUUAAGGCUACUUGGGAUAUUCUGGGUUCAGAAGUAGCAGCAUCUGUUCUUAACUUCUUUCGAUCAAACUUCAUGCCUACCUCCUUGAAUUCCACUUCACUAGUUCUCAUCCCCAAAAGACCUGGUGCAGAGGAGUUGAAAGAUUUUAGACCUAUUGCUUGA